AUGGUUAAAAUUUAAUAACUCCUGUUGGGAUUAUCUUUAGAACCUCAAACUUGCAACACAACUUUAUUUUAUUAAGAAGAAUCAUUUUGCAUAAUUUGGACAUUUGAUCAAAUUGAUUUCCCUAUUUUGUCAGAUUUUACCCGAAAAUCAGAAAAAAACGGAUUUUCGAGCAAUUUUUGGCAAUUUUUUAUGCGAUCAAAUAGCAAAUCACUAAUUAAGAAAGAUUCCUAGAUUAUUCUCCACACACCCACCUGCUCAUACUAAUAUUAUCUUCUAUAUCGCUCUCUACCUCUACUAGAUAUAUUAAAAAGUAAAGAUGGAUUUUACACAUCUCAACAAUCUCUUGACUAACAAAUUUUAUUCUACUCCACGUCACUUGCAAUUUCAAGAACUUAGAAAUGGGGAAAACAGAGCGUCUUGUGUCAUGAAGGAAUGGAUGGUGGAGAAUGUAAACACAUCGGAACCUCUGGUGUUUGGGAGUCCCUAUGAAAUGGAAUAUUCGCAAGUUAACCAAUUUGCUCUGCCGUUUGAUAAGGUUGAAAAUACAUGGCAGGAAUUGGUCGUGCGUCCGAAGGCGCCUUACCCGACAACCAACAUGCAAAACUUGUCUCCUGUGGAGCUCAAUCCACCACAAGUCUACGCUGAACCUCCAUGCAAACCGAAGGCCGACUUACCUGAAAACCUCAACGAUCUGCCAAGAGCAGGAAAGUAUAAUUUUGAAUUGGUUUUUCCGCCAGAACACAAGCCACCCACGAAAUCGUGCAAAAUGACGUAUUCACCACAGUUGACUCGAUUGUUUGUACAUGUUGACGAUCUGAUCACAUUAAACUUCCGCACUUCUGCUGACAUACCUGUGAAAUCAGCAGAAAUCCGUGCCUUUCUGACAUUUAAAGAGGAGCGCCAUAAAACGGAAGUCGUUGACAGAUGUCCUAACCACUUGCAAGAAGAUUCAACUUCAAAACAUUCUGAACAUGUGAUGCAAAUUAUCCGUCGCGGCGCGAAUUACAAAACGUGUCAAGUGUCAGGGCGACAUUAUUUCUCGUUCGUACCCAACUCUCGUCAGCCACGCGUUAAAGAAUUCAAAGAAGUUAUAAAAUUCGUUUGUCGCACAUCAUGCAAAGGGGGCAUCAACCGGCGGAGUGUAGUUGCAAACUUUGUGUUAUACAUCAAUGGAAACAUCGAAGGGUAUAUCCCGCUUCAUCUGCACAUCUCCACGUGUCCAGGGAGAGACCGAAAAAAGGAAGAGAAGCGUACCGAAACGCAGAAAUGUCCGCCCGUCGUGUUGCACACAGAUGAAAACAACGUCAAAUCGGAAAGCGAUGAUUCUUCCAAGGAGAGAAAAUUGGUCAAACGAAUACAGUUUUCCGAUUCUUCAGAAGAUGAAAGAUACUAUCUCGUGGAGCUUCCACUGAUAAGAGGCAUUCGAAACGCUAAAUGCUUUCUCCAUUUUGUUAAACAUACCAUGAAUGCAGAACAGUACAACCAUGUGAAAAUGGAAGUAUUCCCUCCCAAUGAUGAUACAAAGGAAAAUGCGACAAGGCAUGUUGAGAAGUUUGAAAAGCUAAAGCUAAAAUCUGGCGUGCAUUCGACCGACUUAAAAAGACGUGUCACGGAACCUUAUUCUUUACCAUCGGGUAAACGUUACAAGAAACUUAACUUAGCUGUAGUAUCGGAUUACGUUGAAGAAGAAGAAUCAUGCAGUUAAUGCUGUGCACACACUAAGAAACAUUUUUUUCCCGUUUUUACUUGUAACUGUUGUAAAUAAUUCUAUAUAUAAAAAAAGUGUAGUGUAGAAGCGUAUUUCAAAAAAGAAACUGUUUUCAGAAAUCUUGUGCAUUUAUAAAUAAGAUAUUUUUUAGGAAAAAGUUUUUUAUUUUAAACGCCGCCCUCUCAUAACCGCCCUCUCAUAACUGCCACCCUCCUGUAAUAAGUUUUGGCGGAACAGAAGCAGCAUCAAUGUUUACGUAUCUCUUUGUUUUGUUUCAUUUUUUAAAGUAGUAAUAACUCCUGCUUAUUAGUAGUGGCUGUUGAAGGAGAAAUUUCUAGUGUUCGUUACAUAAAGUAACUUUAUAUAAUCAGUUUACGAAGAUAUUUAUAUUCUUUUUUAACACAGUAUAAAAUUUCAUUUGUACUUUUAUUUUGUUGUUGCCUGGUGUUUUUUUAGUUGUGUUUUUAGUUACAUACGCACAGAGAGAUAUUUUAUCAAUUUUAUGUAUUCGCGAAUAAUUUUAAACUUACUUGAGUGCCUUGGGCUUAGCGGCAUUUGUUAAAAGUUGAAUUUAAACAAAAUUGUGAGGCAAAAGGAAUUUUUGUCCCUACUGUCAGCCAGUCUUAAGUGUAUAUUUUAUCAUGGCGCUAAAAGCAAGUGAGAUUUAUGUUGAAUAUAUUUUCAUAUUAGCUUAUACAUUUCUAUUAAAGAUAAACCAUGAAAUUACUUAAAUGUUUUCAUUUACAAGUAAGAAGUUGCAUAUCAAUAAGGGCAGCGCUGAUGUUUGACAAACCCUGGGAAUGAGGUUGAUAGGUGGGUAGUUUGGCGCGAAAAACAAUCUGUAUUUAUUUUCACAUAAACUUCUUUUAGAACGUUUAGAAUGUAUUAUUAUGUUAAAAAAUGAAAUAUGGGAUGGAAGCUAUAAUUCAAUGUUAAAAUAAAAUAUUUAAUGCAUUAAUUAUGCAUGCUUUUAAUCGAAGAUUAUUCAAGUUUCGAGUCGGUUGAUGGAGGAAAGGAAAGAAAACGAAUAAGUGAAAACGAAGUUGUUUGACCAAGCACAGAUUCAUAACUAUUCCCCGUGUUCAAUGUUUCACAGAGGAUUAACAUCAAUCUCGUCUCGGAAUUUUUGUUGAUAAAAAAAACAAGACCAUUCGAGUGUAAUUUGAGCUUCGACAAGGUCGUCAAGAAUCAUAUUACGCUCGCUUUCUUCAAUUAUAUUGUCAAUAGAUUAAAUACACUGGUGCGUUUUCUCUGUGAAGCUACGUUCUUAUAUUUAUGAACGAAAGAAGAAUAGACGAUCA